AUGGCGAGACGACGCAGAGCUGAUUCUGCUAGUAACCAGCAGCAAGCCCCUAUGACCAUCCAAAGACGUCGUUCCACGCUUCGGGAUUUGCAAGCUUCGAAUACGGAUGGAGAUGUCGUAGCGCCCAAGGUUAUAAAUGCUGCACCGUCGCUAGAAAAGGCCGAAAUGUAUGGGAUCAAUGAUAAAAGACCUAGGUCGUCGAAAUUGCUCGCAAUGGCGGGGCGCAUUUUUAUCGAGACGAUUCCGCAAUGGUUGGCGGUUGGUGCUAUGCUUGGAUUGAUCUUUGGAGGAUGUUGCUCAAAUGUCUUCGCGUUGGAAGCUAUUGUAAAAGUCGAGCCGGACAGCGGAACUCUUAUGACAUUUGUCCAAUUCCUCUUUGUAGCUGUGACUGGCUACAUCUCUCAAUUCGAUCAAAGUAGACCUCCGCUCUUCCUUACGCCGAAUCGUGUCCCUAUACGUCGAUGGAUUAUAAAUAUUGUCUUAUUCUUCACAAUCAAUGUUUUGAACAAUCAUGCAUUUAGCUACAAUAUAUCGGUACCAAUGCACAUCAUUUUACGGUCCGGAGGCAGCAUCACAACUUUAGCUGGGGGGUAUAUAUGGGGAAAACGAUUUUCUAGAAUACAGGUUAUAGCUGUCACCCUACUAACAAUUGGUGUGGUGACAGCCGCUUGGUCUGAUGCGCAAUCUAAGAACGGAAAAGUAGAUGAAGACAUCCCCUCCUUCAACACCGGCCUCGUCAUCCUCUUCAUCGCCCAAGUCCUCUCCGCAAUCAUGGGUCUCUACACCGAAGAAACAUACAAAGAAUACGGGCCCCAUUGGAAAGAAAACCUCUUCUACUCGCACCUCCUCGCGCUCCCCCUCUUCGCCCCCUUCAUCCCCUCAAUGCACCGCCAACUCCUCAAACUCGCCUCCUCGGCCCCCCUCGGCCUCCCCACCCUCGAUAGUCUCCAAAAUCUCCCUUCCGACCUCCUAUCCAAACUCCCUCAUAUAUAUUUACCCAGCCAACUUAUAUAUCUCGCUAUGAAUGUCCUUACCCAAUAUGCAUGUAUACGCGGUGUUAAUCUACUUGCGGCGGCAUCUUCGGCCCUGACGGUUACGAUUGUGUUGAACCUAAAAGAAGUCAUGGGUAUUGGCAUUCCCUCUACGAUCUACCGUAGCGAUGAGGUUGCUACUUAG